GCAGGCGCGGCGGCCGAUGCGAGUGUGUGUGUGCGGGCGAGAAGAUGGCGGCGGCGGGGGAGGCAGCGUGAGCAGUCGGGCGAGCGCCGGAGCUCAUUGAAACGGGCCGCCAUGGCCGACCGCAGCCCGCAGUAUAUUUUUGGAGAUUUUAGCCCUGAUGAAUUCAAUCAGUUCUUUGUGACUCCUCGCUCUUCAGUUGAGCUUCCUCCAUACAGCGGAACAGUUCUGUGUGGCAUACAGACUACAGAUGGACUACCAGAUGGACAAGAAUAUCAAAGAAUUGAGUUUGGUGUUAAUGAAGUAAUCGAACCCAGCGACACUUUGCCGAGAACUCCCAACUACAGUAUUUCAAGCACAUUGAAUCCUCAGGCCCCUGAAUUUAUUCUUAGUUGCACAACUUCCAAAAAGACCUCUGAUGACAUAGAAAAAGAAGCAAGCUUUAGCUCUGUUGACUGCCAGCACCCAGGCUCUGCCCCAGCUCUGGACGGCAGCUCUAAUGUGGAGGCAGAAGUUUUAGAAAAUGAUGGUGUCUCAGGUGGUCUCGGACAAAGGGAGCGUAAAAAGAAGAAAAAACGUCCACCUGGAUAUUACAGUUACUUGAAAGAUGGUGGUGAGGGUGACCUUCCCGCAGAAGCCCUGGUCAAUGGCCACGCCAACCCAGCAGUCCCCAACAGUGUAGGCACAGAGGAUGCAGAGCUGGUGGGAGACGUGCCCCUCUCGGGGACACCCAGAACUUGCGGCAGCCCUCAGGACUCCACGGACUUCGUCAAUGAUGCCGUGCCUGGUGGGCCUUUCCCUGGAGCCCUUGACAGCGAUGCCAGGACUGCAGGGCAGCCUGAGGGCUGUCACGGGGCUGACUUUGAGCAAUCAUGCCUCCCUGCAGAGGCUGGCGGGGACAGCCUCUUGAGGACAGCUGUGGCUCUGCCUUACGUUGGGACUGAUACUACUGAAAACCUCGGAGUUGCUAAUGGACAAAUACUUGAAUCCUCGGGUGAGGGCUCAGCUGCCAACGGGGUGGAGGUGCCCACUGUGGAAAGCGCGGACUCGGACCCAGCUAAAGCCGAGAGCGCUUCCUUCCCAGCCGACACCCUGGCCUCUGUGGCGGGCGCCGCUUCUGCCAGCCAGCCUGCCAAGUCCUGGGCCAGUCUUUUUCAUGGUUCCAAGCCCUCUUCCUCCUCGCCUGUGGCCUCUGUGGAAACUAAGUGUUCCCCUCCUGCCACAUCUUCCCUGGUCUCUGAGAAGCAAGCCGAAGUCAGAGAAGGGCUUGUGCCGGUGUCAGAGGAUCCUGUAGCCAUAAAGAUUGCAGAGUUACUGGAGAAUGUAACCCUAAUACAUAAACCAGUGUCAUUGCAACCCCGAGGGCUGAUCAAUAAAGGAAACUGGUGCUACAUUAAUGCUACACUGCAGGCAUUGGUUGCCUGCCCUCCGAUGUAUCACCUGAUGAAGUUCAUUCCUCUGUAUUCAAAAGUACAAAGGCCUUGUACAUCAACACCCAUGAUAGAUAGCUUUGUUCGGCUGAUGAAUGAGUUUACUAAUAUGCCAGUACCUCCAAAACCCAGACAAGCUCUUGGGGAUAAAAUCGUGAGGGAUAUCCGCCCUGGAGCUGCCUUUGAACCCACGUAUAUUUAUAGACUGUUGACAGUUAUCAAGUCAAGCCUGUCUGAAAAGGGUCGCCAAGAAGAUGCCGAGGAGUACUUAGGCUUCAUUCUAAAUGGGCUUCAUGAGGAAAUGUUGAACCUGAAGAAACUUCUCUCACCAAAUAACGAAAAAUUCACUGUUUCCAAUGGACCCCAAAGCCACCCAGCGAGCGAAGAAGAGCGGGAAGAGCCGGGCGGAGGAAGUGAGGACGAGUGGGAGCAAGUGGGCCCCAGAAAUAAGACGUCGGUCACUCGCCAGGCGGAUUUUGUUCAGACCCCAAUCACUGGCAUUUUUGGUGGACACAUCAGGUCUGUGGUUUACCAGCAGAGUUCAAAAGAAUCUGCCACUUUGCAGCCAUUUUUCACGUUGCAGUUGGAUAUCCAGUCUGACAAGAUACGUACAGUGCAGGAUGCACUGGAAAGCUUGGUGGCAAGAGAAUCUGUCCAAGGUUACACCACAAAAACCAAACAAGAGGUCGAGAUAAGUCGAAGGGUGACUCUGGAAAAACUCCCUCCUGUUCUCGUGCUGCACCUGAAGCGGUUUGUUUAUGAGAAGACGGGUGGAUGUCAGAAGCUUAUAAAAAAUAUCGAAUAUCCUGUGGACUUGGAAAUAAGUAAAGAACUGCUUUCUCCGGGAGUUAAAAAUAAGAAUUUUAAAUGCCACAGAACCUAUAGGCUAUUUGCAGUGGUCUACCAUCACGGCAGCAGUGCGACGGGCGGCCACUACACCACAGAUGUCUUCCAGAUCGGCCUGAACGGCUGGCUGCGCAUCGACGACCAGACGGUCAAGGUGAUUCACCAGUACCAGGUGGUGAAGCCCACCGCCGAGCGCACAGCCUACCUCCUGUACUACCGCCGCGUGGACCUCCUGUGACGCGCGCCAUGUGCCCGCGCUGCCCGCAGAGCACCGCCUCUCACCGAUUUCCUCCCUCUCUUAGCGGUUCCUUAGAGAGAAACUCUUGCUCCCUUUUGAAAAAAUGGGCUAGAAUGGAAAGGAGACGCCUUGGGGUUUGUGUGCAGCGUAGUUCGUGUUGACUUCUAACUUCCAAAUCAAAAUCAUUUGGUUGAAACAGACCAUCAGUUGAUUUAAGAAAAUCCACAAAAACCCAUAUAUCUGAAAUAAUGCUGAUUCCUGAGUUAAGAAGGGGGACUUGUGUUUGAUUCCCAGUCUAAUUGCUUGUAGAGUAAAUCCUGCACCAGCAACACUUGUAAAUUUGUGAAGAUGAAUUUUAUCUUUCCUUAAAAAAUGAAUUUUUUAAUCCAUCACUCCUUCCUCCCCCACCCUUUAGUUUUUGAUAAAUGAUAAAAUGAGCCAGUUAUCAGAGAAGAAAUAGUUCUUUGAAGAAAACAUAAAAAAUGAGUUGCUGGUUCCUAACAGGAAAAAUACAUUUCAAUAAUUGUGCGGUGAGAAACUGCUUACAUACACACUGCAGAUCAAAUAUUUGGAGUUAAGGUGUUAGUUCACAUAGAUGGGUGACUGUAACUUUAUUGCUGUUAAAAGAUUUCAAAUUGCAUUCGUGCUUCUGUGUGCACAUAAUGGAAAAUGGGCAAAACAGUGAAGACUGACCUCUCAAGUCCGCCAUGUUUAAUUCUGCUGUCUGCUCUCCUGUCGCGCUGCGUCUCCACUCGUACACAGGUUAGUGAUAUCUAGGAGUAUAAAGUUGUCGCCCAUCAAUAAAAAUCACAGAGUUGGUUUAAA